CAGUCACAGGAUACACCUUAGCAGACGAAAGGAAGACGCAGACUGUGUCGUCUGCCAAGUACUGCAGAGAUGCCGGCACCGUGCGAAUGUUCAACAUAAGACGCGGUGGAACUUCUGCUACGACGCCAUGGCGAAGCAUGAAGCGUUGAUCUGCUGCAUCGUACUCCUUGUCGACUGUCUUGCUGCUACUGCUACCAUUGAGCAAGACGGCAGCCGUGUAGCGUCAAUUGUUCUCAAUCCUGAAACGAAUCGCCUUCACGUUGAGGAAGGAAUGAAGAGACACGACGUCGUAGCGUUUGGUCGCUUCAAAGACCAGAUCAACGAGACCGGAUGGGCUUUUCUAGAAAUAGAGACCAACAAAUCAUACACCGACGAGAUACAGGCUUACGCUGCGGGAGUUCUGGAGGCUAAUCUAACGAGAGAUCUCAUCGAGAAGCAAUGGAUCAACAUGUACGCUCAUUACUGCGACAAUCAAUGGGAGUUCUGCGCGAGGCUCAAGACAUUCCUCGAACACAAUCUCCUCUACACCGGUCAACAAGCACUCAAGCUCGGGUCGACUGAUCCCUACUGGCAUCAGGUCCAUAUGCAGAUGAAACAACUGCGGGGUCUCAGUGACGAAUUCGAGAACGAAGAACUAAAUUUUUCGAACGAAUACACGAACGGCACGAGAGUUCUAUUCUUCAACAUUGAAGGCGACUUACUUGAUUUAGAGCAAGCCCUAGGGAGAAAGGAAAGCGCUUACGACGUUCGCGCCACGACUCCUUGUACGGCUCUCAUCAAAGUGCUCAAUGACAGUCGAGACAUCUACUUUUCACACGACGCAUGGUUUCUCUACCGAAGUAUGUUGAGGAUACAGAAGAAAUAUUCUAUCGCUCUGCAUACUACGAAACAUUCCAGCGACGUAGUUCCUGGCCAUGUAGUCGCCAUGUCCUCUUACCCUGGAAAGCUGGUAUCCUUGGAUGACUUCUACUUAACGUCAACCGGCCUUGCAGUAACAGAGACGACGAUCGACAACGACAACCCUGCGUUGUGGGAGUUUCUGAACCCCAACGCAAGCGUUCUGACAUGGGUUCGCGGCGCAGUCGCCAACCGCUUGGCAUCAACUGGACAUGAAUGGGUAUCCAUAUUCAAGAGAGAGAACAGCGGAACAUACAACAACCAAUGGUCAAUAUUGGAUUACAAACUAUUCACGCCAAACCAGCCAAUCCGGGACAACACCUUAUGGGUCUUGGAGCAAAUGCCGUCAGUCAUCGAAGCCGCUGAUCUCAGCCACGUCCUACGCAAGCAGGGGUACUGGCCGAGCUACAAUGUAGCGUAUUUUAAACAUAUAUUCAACAUUAGCGGACAGCCUGCCUUAGUCGCUAAGUACGGCGCUUACUACUCAUACGCUGGAGCCCCACGAGCACGCAUAAUCCGAAGGGACCACGGCACUGUGCACGACAUGGACAGCAUGAUGAGACUGAUGAGGUACAAUGACUACAAGCACGACCCUGUAUCCGCCUGCAACUGCACGCCGCCAUACAAUCCCGUGUACGCCAUGUCCUCCCGUUACGACCUUCUAGACCCCGAAGGAACGUACGACGUCCCUCGGAUGAAUCGAAGAGCUGUAGGAGGGAUCGACAUGAAGCUCACCAACUCCAGCUUGUUCAAAUCCUCGGAAUUCAUCGCCAUCAGUGGACCGACGCACGAAUCCGUGCCCGCAUUCCAAUGGAGCACUAGCGGGUUCCAGGAAGAGCACGUGGGGCAUCCAGACUUGUGGACUUUUGGCCCCGUGCUGCACCACUGGUGGACACGGGCAUGAACGUGCAGCACGCCACAGUAGAGGGGAAAAAAGAAAAAAGAAGGAAAAGAAGAAGAAGACGAGGAAACUGUCCCUGUCUGUACACGACAACGUCAUGAUGCACUGAACUUCGUCAUUCCAUUAAUAGGUUACACCCAUAUGUGACCAGCACGGACCCUCGCUCUGUUCACCAAACCGGAACAAGCACUUGUACAUCCUCAUAAAAGAACUGCAAAUAUACUUAAACAUUAAAUUAAAAACAAGGGUUCAUAAUUUUC